AUGGCAGGACUAUUGGGAGGAGGCGGAAAUAGUAAUGGCCAACAGCAGCCUGGUCUCCUAGGCGGUGUCUUGAACCCUGUUGUGGGCACGGUCGACAACGUCCUGCAACCGGUGACGGGUGUCGUUGGCGGCCUGACUGGUGGUCUCCUUGGCGGUGGACAACAACCGGCUACACAACAGCAACAACAGACUAUCACACCGGACCAAGCCGCUCAGCUACAGCAACUUCAACAGCUCCAGCAGUUAGAGCAGCUCAAACAACUGCAGCAACUGCAGCUGCAGCAGCAGCAGCAACCGAGAUGA